AUGGCUGCACCCAAGAAGAAUGCAUUUAGGAUUGGAAUAGAAGACCACAUGUGCUGCUACCUCUUUAUUGCUUCAGACCCUUCCUCAAAAAGCAUCUUUGCUUACCUCAACUACCAUGUGCCCCGGACAAGACGGGAGAUCCUGGAGACCCUUAUUAAGGGGCUCCAGAGACUAGAGUACAGAGGAUAUGAUUCUGCUGGAGUUGGAAUUGAUGGAGGUAAUGAUAAAGAUUGGGAGGCAAAUGCCUGCAAAAUUGCACUCAUCAAAAAGAAGGGAAAAGUGAAGGCUUUGGAUGAGGAAGUGAACAAACAAGAAGAUAUAGACCUGGACAUUGAAUUUGAUGUACAUCUUGGAAUUGCCCAUACUCGAUGGGCCACCCAUGGGGAACCCAGCCCAGUGAACAGCCAUCCACAGCGCUCAGAUAAAAACAAUGAAUUUAUUGUUAUUCACAAUGGCAUUAUCACAAAUUACAAAGACCUGAAAAAAUUCUUGGAAAGCAAAGGAUAUGAAUUUGAGUCUGAGACUGAUACAGAAACAAUUGCUAAGCUUGUCAAGUACAUGUAUGACAACCGUGAAAGUGAUGAUAUCAGUUUUACCACUUUGGUAGAAAGAGUCAUCCAACAGCUGGAAGGUGCAUUUGCUCUUGUAUUCAAAAGUGUUCACUAUCCUGGUCAAGCAGUUGGUACCAGAAGGGGAAGUCCCUUGCUCAUUGGUGUGCGAAGUGAGCACAAGCUUUCUACUGACCACAUUCCAAUACUGUACAGAACAGGUAAGGACAAGAAAGGGAGCUGCAGCCUCUCCCGUGUUGACAGCACCACCUGCCUUUUUCCUGUUGAAGAGAAAGCCGUGGAGUAUUACUUCGCAUCUGAUGCCAGUGCAGUUAUUGAACACACCAACAGAGUGAUUUUUCUAGAGGAUGACGAUGUGGCAGCUGUUGUGGACGGCCGUCUCUCCAUCCAUCGAAUCAAGCGCACAGCUGGUGAUCAUCCUGGCCGUGCCGUUCAGACCCUGCAGAUGGAACUUCAGCAGAUCAUGAAGGGUAACUUCAGUUCAUUUAUGCAGAAGGAAAUUUUUGAGCAGCCAGAAUCUGUUGUUAAUACCAUGAGAGGAAGAGUCAACUUUGAUGACUACACUGUAAAUCUUGGAGGCUUGAAAGAUCACAUUAAGGAGAUCCAGAGGUGUCGACGUCUGAUCCUUAUUGCUUGUGGGACAAGUUACCAUGCUGGAGUUGCAACACGUCAAGUGCUGGAAGAAUUGACUGAAUUGCCUGUCAUGGUGGAACUAGCCAGUGACUUCUUAGACAGAAACACUCCAGUCUUUAGAGAUGAUGUAUGCUUUUUCAUCAGCCAGUCGGGUGAGACCGCGGACACCUUGAUGGCCCUUCGGUACUGUAAAGAAAGAGGAGUUCUCACUGUAGGAAUCACAAAUACUGUCGGUAGCUCCAUCUCCCGGGAGACAGACUGUGGGGUGCAUAUCAAUGCUGGGCCAGAGAUUGGUGUUGCCAGCACAAAGGCCUACACGAGCCAAUUUGUUUCACUAGUAAUGUUCGCUCUCAUGAUGUGCGAUGAUAGAAUUUCUGUGCAAGAAAGACGGAAAGAAAUAAUGCGAGGCCUCAAGUUAUUGCCAGACUUGAUUAAAGAAGUGCUGAGCAUGGAUGACGAGAUCCAGAAACUGGCCACAGAGCUUUACCACCAGAAGUCUGUCCUCAUUAUGGGUCGUGGCUAUCACUAUGCAACAUGCCUAGAAGGUGCUCUGAAAAUCAAAGAGAUCACAUAUAUGCAUUCAGAAGGUAUUCUGGCUGGUGAGCUGAAGCAUGGACCUCUUGCGCUGGUUGACAAGCUGAUGCCUGUCAUCAUGAUCAUCAUGCGGGACAACACAUACGCCAAGUGCCAGAAUGCUUUGCAGCAAGUUAUGGCUCGACAGGGGCGACCUGUUGUAAUUUGUGACAAGGAAGAUAUUGAGACCAUCAAAAACAAUAAGCGAACAAUCAAAGUCCCUCACACUGUGGACUGCCUCCAGGGGAUCCUGAGUGUUAUCCCUUUACAGCUUCUGGCAUUCCACCUUGCAGUCCUCAGGGGCUAUGAUGUUGACUUUCCAAGAAAUCUUGCAAAAUCAGUCACAGUUGAGUAGAAUACCUCUCACUCAUCAAGGAUUUUGGCAGAGGUCAGCGAGAGAGACUCUUUUUUUCCUUUUUGGUUCCAAAGGACAUUGAUUUUAAAAGACCCCUUGAUCAGAUCUUGUUCCCUUUGUACGAUAAUCUUUAAUUCUGUUGCAUUUGUGACAGUUAAGAGUUGAAUCUGUAGCUAUGCCAAUAGCACCAUUGAGUGAUAAUUUCAAAGUAGUUUUCUCUUUAGAAAAGAUAAAAGCUUGGUAAAAUUGUUCAGGCCUCCCUAGUGAGAGAGAACUGCAUCACUAUAGUACUUUCAGACUGCUAAGAUCUUUUGAAGAAGGAAGUUGGUAAAGAAGUAGCUCUAGAACUCUCAGGUGCAGAUGUUGAGACUCUCACACGCUCUGCUCACUGGCACCAUGUGGGACUGAUUUGAAGGGCCUCUCAUGGUUAUGGACUCCUGCGCUCCCGAGCUUCCAACAAUAAAGAUCUGUGCAGCUUGCCGAGAGAAGCACAGUGGCAUUGAUUCCUCACAAAUGGAUGCUUUCAGUCAGCCUGGUUCUACUUGGAUCCCCAGUACAUUGACAGCAAAUAAAACCAACUGUAGUAGACCGAAGUACUCCAAGCCCUCAAGGAGGGAGCUUUGCCUGGGUGUGCCUACAAAGUCUUGGUGGAGGGCUUAUUCCUGUGUUCAUUUUUGAUGUGGCAAAGUCACCAUAAGGUGCUUGCUGUAGUCAUUGUGAGAUGGGGAGAUGAAACCAGUAUAUGCCUCUCCAGAGUGAGCUUUUAGGGAGCUUCUUUCGCAACAACGGCAUUAUGUGCAUUCAGAAGAAAUAUUCUUAGUGCAGUAAUUUUUGCUGCAUGUUCAGGUAACCCUGGAAUUUUGCCAGAUGUACUUAUUAGAGGAAGAAAGGGCUCAGGGGGAUCUGAGCUUCAGCUGAUGUGCAAGGACAGUUGGUGGGGGAGUUUGCUGGGCAGUGCAGAAGGAAUCUGCCAUGUUCUGAGUCUUGCAACGCAGUGUCGCCUUGUUCUUCUGUCAUGGCAGGCUGUUGAGCAAGCUGUGUGUUGGUCCACACAAAAGAAACAUGGUAUCGGUAGUGAAAUUGUCCCAAAUGUUUUGUAUCUACACUGCCUAUCCUGUACAGCUCUCUGCUAAACUAUCAUACCUCCUUAAAUCUAUAAAUGUAUUGCAGUGAUGGAUUCCAAGAGUCAAACACACACUCGUUGAUCAAUUUGUGUCAGCAGUGACUUAAGUCAGGCUGUUGUUUUCCACCAUCUGUGAAGAGGGAAGGGGUGUUCACAAGGUAGGUGAUGAAACUAGUGCCCCUUGCAAAAAUUCCCCAUCUCUUUUUUGAUGGAUUGUGUUCGCCAGUUGUAAGGAAGAAGACACUGCAUCCCUAUUUUUCCAUGCAAUAGGAUUGGACUGUGUUGUCCUGCUGCUUUCAGCAAGUGUUACCAGGCAAGUAGGCUCACAGAGAGCACCAAGUAAUCCUAUGUUCCCUACACCAUCAGAUCGAUUGAGACUCUGUAAUGUCUGGGGGGAGAAAUCCCUUUCAGUACCCCCCCCCAUUAGCUUGUAGGAGAGGCGCUCAGCAGUUAAUGUUUAAUGUGAAUAAUAAUUUAACCGUAAAAGUUUCUGGUGUGCUGCUAUGUAUAGAGUUUUUUUCUCUGUAAGACGAAAAGGGUCUGCAAAGUUUGAUUGAUGUUGGACAUCCAACCGGUCAAAGAAUGGGAGGUGUAGGGUGUGUCGUUCAUUCACUUUUCCAAGCGUGAGAAAACACUUAGACUUCAGAAACUGCUAAUCCAGUCAGUGGGGAGCAAGUUAGUAUUGCCUCUGAAAGAGAACAUAGGCACACAUUCUUCUAGUUACUGCUGAUAUCUGUAAAGUAACUAAGAGGGGUUAAAGAUAUUUAAGUAUAUGCCAUAGUGUGCUACAGGAUAAAGAGAGAAAUGCAAUAUAAUAGGAGGACCAAAGACGACCUGUAGAAAAGAGAGAGCUGCAGCAGGGCUGUCCAGUUCUGAAACUCGUUAAGAAUUAUGCAAAUAUGACCAGCCUAGGUUCUUUAGAGGACCAGUCUAUGCCUUCCUUAGCACCUGAACGGUGUCAUCUGUGACCUGAUGCAUGUUGUCUCUCCAGUAGGUAGGGAAACCUUGUAAGAUUAAGUGUCAAAACACUGGUGAGGUCAAGUAGAAGAGGAAGGUUGUGAACACCAUCCCUUUGGUCUUCUGCUUUCCCUGUUGGAGCUGAAGGGUGGAGGAAGUGCAAGCUGUCCAGAAAUGAGACAAAAAACUUUGCCAAAUAAGAAAUAAUGCUCCUGAAGCCUCCUUGUCAGGACAAUUAUGUGGGUCCUUUUUCACCACUUUGUACAGUGAUGGGGAACAAAGCUAUUAUGUCUCCUGCACUGUCCAUUAAUGAGAAUCUAUCAAAUAAAUAAAUAAUAAGGAAGACAGGAUGGGGUCCAUGUUAUGUCUUUGUGGACAUUUAAACAACCAUCAUGAAUUCUCAUGUUCAGUGUACAUUAUAUUUGCCAGAAGUGACUUUGCCUGCCAUUCAGUUAAAUAUUAAAAACACAGUUGAGUGCUGGAUAACCAUAUGUAGUUUUCAGAUUGUCAAGUCAUAUUGCAAAUAUCUGGCAUCUAAAGUCAGUGCUGGAAUUCUUUCCUUCUGGAUAGUCAUUUGAGACACAGCUGAACUUCCAGUAGGACAGCCUAGGUUUUUGACAUCAAGGGGUGUGAAUAGUGCUAUCUUCUUAAAAAUAAUUGAAGGCCCUUCUAAGAUGGGAUGUACAACUAAACUACCAUCUUGGAGAAGCCCUGCUGCAAACGACCCCAAUGGGAGAGGCUUCUUUCUGGAUGUAUGUCAAAGGCAUCACUCCAUUUCUGUUUUAUAUUAGAGAAACCUCGGUUCAAGAUGGGCAGUUCCAGACCUCAUAGGGACAAACAUGGUUCAGUAGGUGACAUUUUAUGUAGCUGGAAGUGAUGUUAGAGGAAAAACUCUGAGAAAAUGCAGGCUGCCAAAUCUUCCCUGGCAUCACUUUUCCAUGCGAGGUUCCCCUCUUGUUUUGUACACUGCAAGCACAGGAGUUAGGAAGUCUGUGAAACAGGGUGAAUUCAAGGAACUCAACAAUUUACCAAAGCUUGGACAUUAGUGCAUUUGUUGUGGCAAUGACCGAACCCUUUGUUAGAUACCAGUGGUCUCAUGUUUUCCUCCUGAUGAAUACAGCUGACAUACUAGCCCCCCAGAUGAGUACAACUGACAUACUAGCCCUUAUCUGAAGAUGUUGAAUAAAGGUGGUGUAAAACUAGAGCAAGUUGGCAAAUGUAAGGUGUUUUUAUUUUUUCUUUAUCUGCUUGUUCUCCUUCUGAAAAACACAACUUAUCUGGGUUUGUGGGACCAUUCUGUAUUUGUUUUGUGCUGUUUACUCCACACGGUUUUAACUUUGUCGGUAGAUGUCUGUUGAUUAUAUUUUUGUUUCUUGGCUUACCUUUUUUUGUAUCUUGCCCUUUGAAUAAAGACAUGU